AUGAGUACCUUCGGCAGCCCUGGAGCGCUGCCAACAACCAAGCCAACCCCGCCACAGCGAGGGAGCUUCCCCUUGGACCACGAUGGCGAGUGCAAGAAGGCCAUGACCAGCUACCUUGCUUGCAUGAAGAAAGUCCGUGGUGUCAACGAAGACGAAUGUCGCAAUUUGGCCAAGGCGUAUCUGUCAUGCAGAAUGGAUAGAAAUCUGAUGGCUCGGGACGAGUUCAAGAAUCUCGGCUUCGCAGACCCUGCGCUGGCAAAAGCCCCAGCAGAGCCAGAAAAGGGCGUCAAAGGCGAACUCCGGUGGUAG